AUGCCUGCCGUACCUGUCGUGCCUGCUGUGCCUGCUGUGCAUGCCGUGCCUGCCAUGCCUGCCGUGCCUGCCGUGCCUGCCGUGCCUGUCGUGCCUGCCGUACCUGCCGUGCCUGCUGUGCCUGCCGUGCUUGUCGUGCUUCCCGUGCCUGCCGUGCCUGCUGUGCCUGCCAUGCCUGCCGUGCCUGUCAUGCCUGCCGUGCCUGCCGUGCCUGCCAUGCCUGCCAUGCCUACCAUGCUUGUUGCUGAGCAACGGCAUCAGGCCCUGCACUUACCACUCGCCCACUUUCUCCCCCCUCUCUCCCCUCUCUGCCCUCUCUCCCUCUCUCCCCUCUCUUUCCCCUCUCCAUGGCCUUCCAAUCUUUCCCCCUCCUCCACCUAUCCCUUUUCCCGCCCCUCUCAGCCACCCAGUGCCACAGAAUUCUCGCAGCGGGGCCUGCCAUGCAGCAGCAGCAGCGCCACCCGCCUCUGCAUUCUCAAGCUCUUCCUCCUCCACCUCACCACUGCUGCCUCUCCCCUCCCUCCCUCUCCUCCCGCUCCUCCCCGUCCUGGUCCUCCCUCUCCUGCAUCUCAACAUGCCACGUCAGCUGCACCCGCUACCCCCUCACUCACACCUGCCGCCCUGAGAACGCCUCUCGGUGCUGGGAGGUGUGACGCGGAUGGUGACGCCAUGCCUGACGACAGCAACAUGUGUGACGUUAGCCUGCUGCAGUGGCGAUGGAGGAGGGAGGGAGAGCAAGUGAGGGAUGUGUGGAGGGGAGGGAGAAGAAGGGGAAAUAGAGUGACCACCAUGAGGGAAGGAGAGAGAGAAAGUGGGGGGUGUGAUGGGAGAACGAGGAGGCAAGGAGAGGAAGGUGGGGAUGGCGCCUAUGGGGAGGCAGAGAAGAGUGUUUUCAAUGAUAGGCGUGCUGCAGACAUUGAUGGUGAUGAUGGUGGAGGGAAUAGCGCUAGCAGCAAUGAUGGCAGUGAGAGUGCUGGCAAGUGA